UGUGCGUGGGGGGUCCAUGUGGCUGCGGCGGUGGUGGUAGUUGUGCCUUUUUCGCUCUCGCAAGCCAUCCCCACUGUCUCCCUCUCUCAUCAAGCCUCUGUGCACGUUCGCUAAGUCCUGUUUGAGGAACCGGAUCAUCAACCGUCAAAAUGGUCAAGGUCGAUCGUGCCACCUGGAAGAAGAACUACUUCGCCAAGCUCAAGUCCUUCUUGGCUGAGUACCCCAAGAUCCUCAUUGUCAACUGCGACAAUGUCGGCUCCAAGCAGCUCCAGAACAUCCGUCUGGCCCUGCGUGGCUCUUGCGAGAUUCUCUUUGGCAAGAACACCAUGAUGCGCCGCGCCAUCAUGCAGACCGAGAACACUGCCUACGCCGAGCUUCUUCCCCACAUCAAGGGCAACGUUGGCUUCAUCUUCACCCACGAUGACCUUGCCGGCAUCCGCGACCUCCUCCUGAACUUCAAGGUUGCCGCCCCUGCCCGUGUUGGCGCCAUCGCCCCCGAUGAGGUCGUCGUCCCCAAGGGUCCCACCGGUCUCGAUGCCCAGAAGACCUCCUUCUUCCAGGCCCUCAACAUCCAGACCAAGAUUGCCCGUGGUGCCAUUGAGAUUGUCAACGACGUCAAGCUCCUGCAGAAGGACGACCGCGUCGGCCCCUCCGAGGCUGCCCUGCUCAACAUGCUUGGCAUCUCCCCCUUCUCGUACGGUCUCCUGCCCGUCCAGGUGUACGACAACGGCUCCACCUACUCCCCGUCUGUCAUGGACAUCACCGAGGAGGACAUCAUUGGCAAGCUCAUGCUCGGUGCCGCCAACGUUGCCGCCGUCUCCCUCGCCUGCGGUCUCCCCAACGCCGCCUCCGUGCCCCACAUGGUCGCCAACGGCUACAAGAACGUUCUUGCCGUUGCCGUCGCCACGGAAAUCUCCUUCCCGCUUGCCGAGAAGGCCAAGGCCUUCCUUGCCGAUCCUUCCGCCUUUAUCGUGGCCGCCCCUGCUGCCGCCACCGGCGGUGCCGAGGAGAAGAAGGACGAGCCCGAGCCCGAGCCUGAGGAGGAGAGCGACGACGACAUGGAUGGCUUCAGCCUCUUCGACUAAGCGCACCAGCUGGCAUUGCCCCCCAUGGCUGCAGCUGCACUUUGCUUGUUGAUUGCUCGUUGUUGUCAACCGACGCCAAUACAUCUCCACACGUAACAGCAUGUCAACCAUGAAAGAGAAGGGGAGAGAGAGAGAUGGAUGGAUAGAUAGAGAGAGAGAGUGUGUGUGUGUGCGUGUGUGUGGCUGGAACGUCGUGAAGCGUCUGGCGAUGUGCGUUUCAGUUGUUUGCCGCAACACCAACAGAACACCAC